UGGCAGUGAUCCACUACAUAAAGGACCAUCCUGCCGCCUCACUGGAUCAGUUAACUCUGCCUGGAACCUUUCCCACGAUGGAGACUCUGAUACUCGGUGUUGAUGAUGCCGGCUGGGGAAGAACGUACGGUAAAACGGUCGUUGAUGUCGUCCGCCAACGCCUUAAUGAAAAACGAGCGGCGGAAUUGAAUGUCACAAAACUAUUUUACUUGCGUAUAGAUUGUGUCGGUGAUGAAGUCAUCCACCAACUAAGAAGCGACGGGCUUGAUGCACUUGAGGACGAAGGUUUGUAUUGGGGGAAAGGGGAGUCACCGUACCUUGAAGUUGAGGAAUAUUGGGUGGGAACCUGGUAUAGAUAGUGCUGCACAAUAAACUGGUAUUCCCUAUCUGCCACAUCAUAAAUCACGAGCU